AUGGAGCUCGAGUCCAGGGCGACCGUGUGCGCUGUCCUGCUCAUGCUGCUCUUACUGUCACACGGCGGUGGCAAUGGCGGCGGCGUGGCGGAGGCGCGCGUGUGCACGGGGAAGAGCCAGCACCACUCGUUCCCGUGCAUCUCCGACCGCAUCUGCAGCAACCAGUGCAUCAAGCAGGGCGGCGGGUGGACCGCCGGGUACUGCCACUGGAGGGUCUGCCGCUGCCAGAAGGCUUGCUGAUCAUCGAUGGCCGUCCUCCCGCCGGCCGCGGGAUCUUCUGCAUGCAUGGAACAACCCAGACAUGUGAGCACGCUAGCUGUGUCUUUUCAGCGAUAAUAACAGCAUGUAGUCAUGUACCCAGCUGGUCUGGUAGCAGUAUAUAUAGCACUACAUAUGUAGCAAUAAUAACAGGGCGUCACACGUGUGCGGCAGUGUUCUUAUACUAGUAAAAAGUCUUUAUUAUUGGACUAAUCACCUGCAUCUUUAUCAUUACAAACGUCUACAAACUAAUAAGUUUAUCACCCAAGAACAGACCUCCGUGGCAGAGAUUAUUGCAAGAAUUAAGCUCAACCACUGUCGCAGUAUCAUACUGUACGUACAAUGGACAGCUGUUACAUCUGAAAGGGAAGAAGCAUCAA